AUGACAACCACUCCGGUGAAGAAACCACUAAAGAAAUCCGGAUCGGUCUCGGGGUCGCUGAAGAUGAAGCAACUGUCGUUGAUGUCAUUCUUCAAGCCGGCGCCUGCCAAAACCCCAUCCUCGCCGCUUAAGGCCAAGGGAGAGGCCUUGAAUACUGAUAGUGACAAGGAAAACGAUACAAGCAUGAUGGAGGAUGUUACAACCGACACGCCUUUGACGCUGGAGACGAAUCAUGUUCCUGUGAAGGCCCCUGAGCCAAAUCUUCAAUCUUCCCCAGUUAGGAAGCAGCCACAGGAGGACUCUUUGCCUGAGAAGGAGGAAGCCGAAACGCCAGUGGUGAAUAAUGGGGGAACUUCGAGAAGAAACAAGAACGUCAGCUAUGCCGAGUCUGAUGCUUCCGAUGACGAGGAUAUUCCUAGUCGUAGGAAGAGAAGAAGAGUGGUGGAGAGCGAUGACGAGGAUGACUUCAAACCUACAGAAGCUGCAGAUGAUGAUGACGAAGAUGAACACAUGAGUGAUUUUGUUGUGAAUGAAGACGAGAGUGACGUUGCGCUGAUGGCGGAGGAUCUGGACGAUGAGGACGCUUAUGCUUCCGCUAAACCAGCAAAGAAGAAGAGCUCGCCGAAAUCAUCGACUCAGUCUCCUUCGAGCAAACCAGUGAACCUUGCUUCUUCGAAUUUAGGCAGCAAAUUCACUGCUUCAUCCAGUUAUACUGCUCAGGUUUCUGACAAACCAGCUGCUAAGCCAAAGCCACAAAAGAAGUCUUUCGCCAAGGAGAACGAAGAGCGUUAUCAAUGGCUCGUGAACAUCAAAGAUGCAGAGAAAAGAACCGUUGAUGAUCCUGACUAUGAUUCUCGUACACUUUUCAUUCCUUCAUCAGCAUGGGCCAAGUUCACUGCGUUUGAGAAACAAUAUUGGGAGAUCAAGUCCAAGAUGUGGGACACUGUGGUCUUCUUCAAGAAGGGUAAAUUCUACGAAUUGUAUGAAAACGAUGCAGUGAUUGCUAACACUCAGUUUGAUUUGAAAAUCGCCGGCGGUGGCAGAGCAAACAUGAAGUUGGCAGGUAUCCCAGAGAUGUCUUUUGAAUAUUGGGCUAAAGAGUUCAUCAGCCAUGGGUAUAAGGUCGCAAAGGUCGAUCAAAAAGAGUCUCUCCUUGCAAAAGAAAUGAGAGGAGGUGGCACGAAAGAAGAAAAGAUCAUCAAGCGUGAACUAACUGGUAUCUUGACGGGAGGCACGCUUACCGAUCUCGAUAUGAUUAGUGACGACAUGGCAACAUACUGCUUGGCUCUCAGAGAGUCAACCAGCGAGGAUGGCGAGAAGGUUUUCGGUGCUUGUUUCGUUGACACUGCUACGUCCGAACUCAAUUUUAUUGAAUUAAAAGAUGACGAGGACUGCUCAAAAUUAGAUACUUUGAUUACCCAAAUCAAACCAAAGGAAAUCUUGUGUGAGAAGAACAACUUGUGUUCAACUGCUGUUAAGAUAAUCAAAUUCAACGCCCAUAAUUCCCAUCAGAUUUGGAAUUAUCUUAACCCACUCUCGGAAUUCUUGGACUACGACACAACGGUUGAAACAUUGGUUAAGGGGAAGUACUAUGAAGCACAGGAUCUUGACGAUUUCUCAAACUAUCCACAAGUACUCGUCGAUUUCAAAGACAAUCACCAAGUUGCCUUCCAUGCAUUUGGCGGGUUAUUACAUUACCUCAAGAUGUUGAAGCUUGACGAAAGCAUCAUGUCUCUUGGGAACGUCAAAGAGUACGAAAUUUCCAAGCGUGGUGCAAACCAUUUGCUCCUUGAUGGUAUCACACUCAACAAUCUCGAAAUGUUGAACAAUUCAUUUGAUGGCGGGGACAAGGGAACUCUUUUCAAACUCCUUAACAAGGCUAUCACGCCAUUUGGUAGACGUAUGUUGAAAAGGUGGAUUCUUCACCCUCUCAUGAACGUGGAAGAGAUCAACGCAAGAUAUGAUGCCAUUGACUUUUUUAUUAAUAACGAGCCAGAGCUUCGUGUGGAAUUAGAGAGUGCUCUCGGCAAUCUACCAGAUUUGGAAAGACUCAUUGCUCGAGUUCAUGGGAAGACUUUACGUUUCAAGGACUUUUUGAAAGUUAUAGAAGGUUUUGAAUCAAUCUCAAAGAUAUUCAAAUCUAUCAAGAAGUUCGAUAUUGAGAAAUCUGGAGCAUUGAGAAAGUUUGUGAACCGCUUCCCAGAUGAGCUUCACGAGCUCAUUGACUCAUGGGAAGAAGCCUUCGACAGGCAAGAAGCCAUUGCUAAUGUGGUGGUACCUGCUAAAGGAGUAGACGAAGAAUUUGACGAAUCUACCUCAAUCAUGGAUGGUUUGGAAGCUCAGCUUAAUGACUACCUCAAGGGUUACAAGAAGCAGUACAAGUCCCACGAGAUCUGUUUUAGAGACUCUGGUAAAGAAAUUUUCCUUAUCGAGAUGCCUAUCAAAAUUAAGUCGAUCCCUAAGGAUUGGCAGCAAAUGGGUGCCACUUCUAAGGUGAAGAGAUAUUGGUCUCCAGAAGUCAAAGCUACUGCAAGACAGCUUAUGGAGCAACGUGAAACUCAUAAGACAGUUUGUGAAAACUUGAUCCUGAGAAUGUAUGACAGGUUUGACAAGAACUACGAAUUAUGGAUGUCCGCCAUCAAGAUCACAAGUAAUAUUGACUGCUUGAUCGCAUUGACUAAAACAUCAGAAACAAUCAGUUACCCAUCAUGUCGACCAACUUUCGUCAAUGACUCGGAUGCUAAGAUCGAAUUUAAUGAGUUAAGACACCCUUGCUUCUUGGGUACCAGCGACUUCAUCCCCAACGAUGUUCUUCUUGGAGGCAAUAAUGCAAACUUCAACCUUUUAACAGGUGCAAACGCCGCUGGUAAAUCAACGCUUAUGAGAACUACUGCCUUGGCUGUUGUCAUGAGUCAAAUCGGAUGCUACCUACCAGCUUCAAGUGCAAUCUUAACCCCUGUGGAUAAGAUCAUGACCCGUUUGGGUGCUAACGAUAAUAUCAUGCAAGGAAAAUCGACCUUCUUCGUUGAAUUGUCAGAAACUAAGAAGAUUUUGAGUAACUCCACGGCAAACUCGCUUGUCAUUCUUGAUGAAUUGGGAAGAGGUGGUUCUUCCAGUGACGGUUAUGCCAUUGCUGAAUCGGUCUUACAUCAUCUUGCAACCCAUGCCCAACCUCUCGGUUUCUUUGCUACCCAUUACGGAAGUAUGGGUCUUUCUUUCGUUAACCACCCUCGCAUCAAGGCCAUGAGAAUGGGUAUCGUUGUUGACCAAAACUCCAGGAACAUCACCUUCUUAUACAAAUUGGAAGAAGGAACCGCAUCUGGAUCAUUUGGGAUGAACGUCGCAGCCAUGUGUGGUAUCAGUGGAGACAUUGUGGACAAGGCCGAGGUGGCUGCAAAAGACUACGAACAGACGUCCAAGCUUCGAGAGGAACAUGAAAAGCAGCAGAUCAGCAAGAUGAGUAUUGGUCUUCAAAGUGACUUCUCUUGGGCAUACCUGCAUUACAAUGAUCUAGAAAAGAGCGUCCUACGUUACGGAGAGCCAGAAAAGCUCAAUGCUCUCGACUGUGUCUUCCGCAUGAUUGAGUCUCUCUAG